AUGGCUGAGUUUCCCAAGCAGAUCUUCUGCUUUCAGCUAAGCAAAAGGAAAGAAACCAGAGGAGAGCAGAAGAAACACUACAAGGACCUCUUGAGGAACUGCUCCAUGAACUGGAAGACCAAGAACAAGUGUGGACCCAUCAUCAGGACAGUGUCAUUAAUCUUUCCAUUUUUAUUUACUUGUGUCUUCCCUCUUUCUGUUUUCGUCAAUUCAGGCUUGGGUCCCUCCUCAAUCCACCAGAGCCUCCAGCCAGGCUAUCCCUCCUCCCUACCAGGCUCCAUUCCCCCUCCUUUUCAGUUUGCCAGGGACCCACAAUCUGGACAGCUAAUGGUCAUCCCCACUGAACACCUGCCACACUACGGCGGCGAUGUCCUGGAGCGUGGAGCCCCAGUGUGGUCAGGGGUGUAUGGUACAGGCAGCUCGCUCCAUCACGCGGCCCAGGCCCAACUGCAGCUCCUCUCACAGCAGCAGAUUCUCCGACAACACGAGCUUCUGAUGAUCCAGCAGCACACAGCGCAGGUUCUGGAGCUACAGCGGAAUGCGCAGCUAGUUGAGCAUUUAAAGUCCAGUGAGCACAGGCCAGAGAUGGAAGACAAAUCAGACAAGCGGAACGCCAACUCCAAGCUGCGCUCCUCCUCCGUAUCCUCACCAUCUCCUUCGCCCAUCCCACUUCCCCGUAAACUACCACCUCCCUCCCGCUCGCCGACUCCAUCAACCUCCUCCUUCACCCCACUACUGCCGCUCCCAUCACCAGUGACCACGCUGAAGUCGGAGGAAGGUCAGAGAGCGCUGUCUCACCCCCCUACCCCCCUUCCUCACCCACCUUCUCCGCGCUCGGCUUCUCCGCCCCCAUCCUCGCCGCGUCAGCCGAAGCAGGAGGUGGCUGAGGAAGGGGAGGUGAGAAGAGGGGAGAAGAGAGAGGGGCCUAAAUCUACAUCCACAUUUCAAAGUGUCUACUCUGAUCUCCCCCUAGGUUACCCUUACCAAUCCAUCACUGCCCCAUUUGGCUCACCUUUUCCACCUUAUCACAUCCCUACGUCUACAGGGACAAACGUAGACCCUCCAAACCGCUCCCAUUCUCCACAUUCAGGUGCCCAUCUGCCCUCUGCCCACCUCAGUUCAGCGAGGCUGGAUGUAGAAAUGAAGCUGCAAAGCCUAAAGCCACUAAAGACUGGGUCUACCAUCAAACAACAACAUGAUCUGGAGCAGCCACGACUCAAUGUGACACCAGAACUGCUUAGGCCUCUUCACCGAAACUGCAGUCCUGUCUUUGCCAGCCUGGACAAAGAGGGAGAUGGGGGAGAAAUCAAGCCUAUGUCUCAACCGCUACCUCUGCAUGUCCCUAGUCCUCCAUCCCAACAAUGUGAGGUACAGGAAGGAACUGAGGAGGAGGAGAAGGAAGAAGGCCAAAUCAAAAGGGAAGUGUCAUCUUUCUCAUGUAAGGCGGCAUAUCCUGUACUGGAUCCACUUCCAGAAGCUAAGCCACAACCGGAGGUCAUCGAGGACCUGGAUCGAAUACUUUAUCCAUCAUGCAUUGCUCCAGACAGACAGGAAUUGUCUCAGAUGUGUGAGUCGGUAAAGCAGACCACCAGCAUUGUGUGUGAGCCGCGACUGCCAGAUACAGCAGUGAACAUGCAGAGUCAAAAAGAAAGGGCCACUGAAUCUCCCCGUUGUCCUACGCCCAUGUCUGCUCCCCUGCUCCCACCAGUCAUUGGUCCUGAGGAUCCAAUGGCAGGGAUGCUCGUCCUGUUGGCUGCCAGUGAGAUGCCCCAGGCCAGCCUCAGUGAUCCUCCUGCCCCAAUACUCGUUCCACAGACCGAACAUCUUCUUGUGGGUACAGAUUGCAGUGCUGCACCUCUGGAGAUUGUCGCUCUGGAGGGCAUGGCCUUGCUUAGCCAAAUGGCUCAGGAAGAGAUUGAACACGCCAGCCGGCAGCAAGAUAUAACACUUGGGGGUCUGGAUUGUCUUCUUGAAGCAAGCAAACAAAUUCUGUUGGAGGCCAUAGCAAAACAGUCGCACAUUGACCUGCCCCGAGAACUGGACCCAGACAAGAAAUACAGCUGGAGGCAGAGGAAGGACGAGCCGCUGUACAGUAAAAUGACGAUGGACCUUUUGGAUGCAGUGGAAGUAGACUACCGUGUCCGCCUGGCUGAACUACAAAAGAUAUACAAGGAAAAGCAGAGAGAGCUGAGCAAGCUGCAGAGGCGCAGAGACAAGUGUGAGCGGCAGCAGCAGGAUGAUGAGAGGCGGAGCCUAAGCAGGCGGGGUAGAGGAAGACCCAGGAAGAGGAAACACUUGGCCACACCUUCUAAAUUGGAGAGCAAGCCUGGAAAAGUGGGUAGGACAGUGCAAUACUCUGAAGAUUCUGAAGCUGGAGAAGGACAAAGGAAGAAAUUCAGACUGUCCAGAGAAGAUGAUGAGAUGGAAACAGGAAGUGGAGGGGUAAAGAUAAAAAAGAAGAAAAAGAAGCAGCAGCCUUGGGAUGAGCAGGAGCCAACCACCAGUCACGCUCUGGAGGUGCUGAAACCAAAGCGGGGUCAUGUGAGCGAACAGGAACAGUUGGCAUCAGACCUGGACAGAGCGCUUUCGCUCUCGCAGCUUGGCUCACUUGGAACAUCUCGCAAAACUUCUACCAGCACAAAAAUCGACAAAUCAAAGGGCAAGUCUGUCGAAAGCCGGACAAAGGAGCGAGGCAUCCACUGCUCCACAAAAGGAGGGAAACAAAAGAUAGCUGCCAAGGCUUCUGCUUCAGAGGUUGGCCAGAAGGUGAAAAGUCAGAAGACUGCUUUCUUCUCUCCCAUGAGAUCAGAGCUCAGCAGCUGCUCCAACAACUCUGAUUCAGAGGACAACAUUUCUGCAAAAGGGGGCUGGCCCCCUUUAUCUGGGACUCGUUGCCAUAGCAACCUGGCUAGGAAAAGACGGUCUGCAUUGUCACCAACGUCCUUACUGUCCAGUCAGAAGUCGAGGAAGAAGAAACACAAGCACUUAUCCGUGCUACUGGAGGAGGCGGGCCUUAGCUCCUCUGACGACUCCUUUGACCAAGAAUCCUCAGAGGACAACGAUAAUGAGGAGGAGUCCGAUUCAGAGGACGGCGGCUGUGAGGAGAGCGGGCUUGGUCUGCUGGCGAGGUUUGCAGCAAGUGCACUCCCUGUGAGCUCCUCCCCUUUGGGCAUUCUCCAUGACAGCAAACACCGCAACAGGCAAAGCACUCUGGGUUCGUCAGAGUGCGAGUGGUCUGACUCCGGAUCAGACUUACGACUGAGGAAGUUCCCCUCUUUACUGCAUGGAAAACGCUCGGCACCAGAGCUCCCCCUGUUGCCCCCAGCAACCCGCCGCAUUGACCAGACCAGCCCCACCAAAAGAGACGAAACGCUACCUGUCAAACGCAAGCCUCUGGCCAAGUCGCGCCCCUCGCCACGAUCACCACGGAGAUUCAGCUUUGACCUUGUUGCCAGCUCUGUGUUUGGGGGGUUCAGUGAGGAUGAGGGCUGGAAUCGACGUCGCAGCGAGAGGAUAUUCCUCCAUGAUGCCACCACUUCAGCCAAUCAGGUGUCUCUGUCAGCCUCUGGCUCCUCCUCCACUCAGAGCUCUGCCGGCACUUCGGCUCCACUCCUCACUCCUAAGCCUGCCUCCAGACCCAAAGCUACGCCUCCAAGCCGAGAAGGGAAAGAUGUGGUGAAAAAAAAGAAGAUAAAGGACUUUCCUCUGCCUGUGAGCCCGCCCACUCUGUGCAGUCCCAUCACAGACGCGUUAACCCUCAACCCUGCACGCAAGAGCCAACCAAAACCCAAGGCCAAGGCCCGAGAGCCUUCCAGAGGAGCAGUGAGCCGUCUGAUGGAGAGUAUGGCAGCAGACGAAGACUUUGAGCCCAACCAGGACAGCAGCUUCAGUGAAGAUGAGCUGCUCCCAUCAUGUAGCAACAGCUUAUCAGAGAGGUCGACCACACCCGCACCAGUGCAGUGUGUGUUGGAUAAGGAUUCUCUGGUGGACGGACUCAGAGUUUUGAUCCCCAUGGAUGACCAACUACUGUAUGCUGGUCAUGUGAACACCGUCCACUCUCCUGACAUAUACAGCGUGGUGGUUGAGGGGGAGCGAGGGAACCGACCGCACAUCUACUGCUUGGAACAACUGUUGCAGGAGGCUAUCAUAGAUGUGAAGCCUCCAUCGGUGCGCUAUCUCCCUGAGGGCACCCGCAUUGCUGCGUACUGGAGCCAGCAGUACCGCUGCCUUUACCCCGGCACUGUUGUUAACGGAAGCUCAGAUAUCGACGAGAAUGAUGAUCUCAUCACUGUAGAGUUUGAUGAUGGUGACACAGGACGCAUCCCGCUCUCCCACAUCAGACUGCUGCCACCAGACUACAAGAUCCACUGUGCUGAGCCGUCCCCUGCGCUGCUCGUGGCCAGCUGCUCCAGGAGGAGAGUCCGAAAAUGCAGUAAAGAGGGCAAAGAGGCUGGAAUAAAACCAGAGGAGGCCACUCCAAAGAUCAAAGGAAAACCUGGUCGUAAACCAAAAGCAAAACCUGAGACCUCUGUGAACCCAUAUGGUCGAGAGAAAUCUGAUCCACCAUCUUCCUCCACUCAGCCGGCGGAAAGACCCCAGACUCCAGCCAAGCCAGCACUGGAACGGGCCUCCUCUGUCCAAAAAGCAGACCAGGAGAAAUCCUGCCACCCAUCCCGUCCAACAAUGGGAACCCAGGCAAAGCCAGGCCGAAAGAGCUCCACAGCCAGCACGAGUAGCCCCAACCUUACACCCACCCCAGUGCCCAGGAAGCCCAAUUCAGCCCACUCUUCUGCUACUAAACCAGCCCGUAUUCUGCCAUCCUCUCUCUACCCCUCCACCUAUGGUAAGGUCCUGACUGUGGAUCUGUACAGUGAGCCAAACCUCAGCUCAUACAACAGCCAGCGCAGAGAAAGGGAGAACAGCAGUCUCACCGCCAUCAGACCCAUGUCGAGGCCCAGUAUGGCAACAUCAUCUCCUGCACUGAAGCCCAGCGCUGCCUCCAUGCCCAGACCCACUUCUGCUUCCACAGUGAAACCCAAAUCCAUGUCAGACCACCAGAGCGGUUCCAGGCCAAGCCUAGGCUCUAGUCUCAUGUCUAGCCCAAUCUCCAGACUGUCAUCAGGCAAACCCAUUUCUUCACUGACUCCUAGACCUUCAACAUCUUCCCUGUCUACACCCUCAUCUGCACCUAGACCCAAACUGAAGAUGCCAUCCGACCCGCUUUCAGCUAUCUCCAGGCCCAAACCAAGCACAGGGAAAAGUGACAUAGGUUCUGUGGUGAGGCGGAAGCCCCUAUCUGCAGAGCCCCUCGUGAAACUUGACCAUGAAGGUGUGACCUCCCCAAAAACCAAGAAGACAAAGGCUAUGAUGCUUCUGGGGGAGAAGAACUUCAGGCGUGACCACACCCCUAUUACCACAGGUGCAUCCAAUCCAAAAAUGUUAAAGGCCAAGCCAAGAGCCCCAGAGAGAGAGACUGACCCACCACAGAAAGACUCCGCACCAGCUCUGUCUAAGGAGAAGGCAGAGAGCUGUGGCACUGGGAGCAGAGGUCAAGAGAUGGACAAGAGAGAGGAGAGAGACAAAAUAGAGGAGCGGAAGGAAGUGGGGAAAAUGGAAGAGAGAAGGAUGAAAGAGGAGUCUCAGAGUAGCAGCAGCUCUGAGUCAGAGGAAGAAGGAGAGAAGGGGAAGAUGAAGAAGAAGAAAUGCACCUCCAGCUGCUCGUCCUCUUCAUCAUCCUGCUCUGGUUCCUCCUCAUCUUCUUCAUCCUCCUCCUCCUCAUCCUCUUCGUCUACUGAUGACUCCUCUUGUAGCUCAGAUGAUGAGCAGACCCCUGCACCUCUCCCAGACCCCAUCUCUCCUCCUCAUGUAGAGGACCAAUCAAAAGAAGAAAUGAAAGAAGAUGAGGAGGUGAAGAAGGAGGAGGCAGAAGUAAAAGUGGAAGACACCCUGUCUCCUCCCUCACAGUCCCCGUCCCCUUCAACCUCUCCAACGCCGACUGCUCCUGCUAAUGCUAAACCUGCAAAACCAGCCACUGGAAAGGGUUCAGGGCAAAGGGGUCGUCCUCCUAAACCUAAGCCCUGUGGAGGAGAAGGAAAGGUGGGGAGACCAAAGCGGAGGGAGGGGGUUCACCUCCCCACCACCAAGGAGCUGGCCAAACGCCAGCGGCUUCCCAGCGUAGAGAACAGGCCAAAAAUAUCUGCUUUCCUUCCAGCCAGGCAGCUGUGGAAGUGGUUUGGAAAACCCACUCAGAGACGUGGUAUGAAGGGAAAAGCAAAGAAGCUCUUCUAUAAGGCCAUUGUGCGUGGCCGUGAAAUGAUCCGGAUUGGUGACUGUGCUGUGUUCUUGUCUGCUGGCCGGCCCAACCUACCCUUCAUCGGGCGGAUCCAGAGCAUGUGGGAGUCCUGGGGCAGCAACAUGGUGGUCAGGGUGAAUUGGUUCUACCAUCCAGAGGAGACAAACCCCGGCAAGAAACUCAUCGACAAGAAGAACUGGGAUCAGAUGUGUGGUCAGUCUUUGCCAGCAGCUCUGCACUCUUCUAUCCAGAGAAAAGACUUUAUGGAGCGCGCCUUGUACCAGUCUUCUCACAGCGACGAGAAUGACGUGCAGACGGUCAGCCACAAGUGCCUGGUGGUGAGCGUGGAGGAGUAUGAGCAGAUGACCCACAUGCGCCGCUACGCCGACAGCGAGGACCUCUACUAUCUGGCUGGGACCUACGAACCAACCACGGGCAUGAUCUUCAACACAGAUGGAGUCCCAGUUAUCUGCUGAACGAACAGAUGCGCUUCAAGAACCCGAGAAACUGACUUGUACCUCGACCAGCGGUCUUUGCAAGUCUAAUCACUGACCUUCAUUCACAGUCGAACUUUCAGUCAUGUUUUGGUGAACUUAAUCACUCCGUUACACUUCUACAUUUUCAUCAUCAGCUAAUACUACAGACAGGAGACACAACAGACAGUAUUAAAAGUAUAAUGUCUCCUGAAACUUUUGCACACAACCACGCAAACACCAUCAACACCUAUUCAUCCUUUGCUUCUUACAUACAAACACAGAUACAUAUAUACACUCACGUGUAAAUACCCCCCCAUGUAAUACCCAGUUAUCUAGAAGAAAAUAUGAGUGUUUUAUUUUCGUGUAAUAGAUUUAUGUGAGAGUAGUUUUUAAACAGUCGAGAAGCUUUAAUGAACUGUGAAUGAUAAAGGAGCGAGGGUCCGACUGACAAACACGCAGUGGUGGUGUGACGUUGUGAUGUUGCUGUAGUGAUGUUACAGUCAUCGUAAAUGUAUCUACAGAACAGCAGGAGCGACAGACGCAAAGAGAGACAAAGAUGCACAGAAAAAGCGAGAGGGGGAGCUGCUCCAUUGCAAUGCUGUCCAACAGAGAGCACUUAAAAGGCUUCAGACUCUGUCCUCCUUUAAUUCAACCCUCUCGAUUCCCUACGACAAUCUGAGCUCAGGCACGUCUGUCUGUGCGCCACUAAAACUUUAGAAUCCAUCACAAACUCAGGCUGAAGAGAGAGAGAGAGGAAGGAACCUUUAAAGCACUUCCCAUUUUCAUCCUUGAGUUUUUUUAAAGGCGAAAUCUGCUGGCGGUUGGGAAGUGGGGGAAAAGAACCCUACUCUGAUUUUACUUUGAAUUUCAUGGUACAUAUUCUUGUUUGCCCAACAACACACAAGGAAAUGAACCUCAAAAAUACACACACACACACUCUGAACCAACAGAAGCCUCUGUAGUGCUGCAUUCAGGACAUGUUGAAAAUUGAUGUUUUCAUCAUGCCCCAUGUAUUCCUGUUGAAGUUGAACAUCCGUCAUGUUUGCAAUAUUGCUGCGGUUGUCCUAUCAGCGUAAUUAACUUUGUUGUAUCCAGUUCUUUGAAAAGAAUAAUGUAUGUUUUUUAAUUUCUUAGUCUUUUAAUGGUAAAAUAUCACCUGGCUUUUUAAUGCGACAUCCACAGUUCGGCAUGGUAGCCAAGUGGUUCAUGCACUUGCUUAGAAAACUGAUGCUUACCGAUUCAAGACCACUUGUGCCCAUUCUCCAAGUUAUGUGGAAUUGAUGAUGACCGGCUGCUGUUCCUAAUGAGGAAUGGCAUCCGGUAUAAAACUUAUGCCAAAUAAAUGUGCAGGUCCAUGUCUAAUCUGCGGCAGCAACCCAAAUCAAAAAGGGAGAGGUUGAAAGAACUCAAAAUCCCAUAAUUGCAUCACUAUACCUGUAGAACCUCGAGGCCUGAAACAACUUGUGUUAUACCGAACAUGUGAAAUAGCUGUACUUAAAGAACUUUCCUAAAAGACUGCACCAUCACUCCAAGGCUCAACCUGAAACUGUUGUUGUUGUCCUUUCGACUGCUCCCAUUUCUUUAUGGUCACCACAGUGGAUAGCACCAGAUCCGCAUUAAGAUUUUGGCACAUUUUACACCGGAUGCCCUUCCUGGUGCAACUCCAGUUUUACCUGGAGAAGCACACACAGCCCAUGGUAUUCCAAAGAGGUCUUCCAUCUAAGUACUAACAGGCCCCACACUGCUUCGCUUUUGAGAUCAAAUUAUUGAAUCCAUAGCAACAUACGGAUGUGAAAUCCUGUAUGCUUCUGAGCAUUAAUCCUAAAGAGAUUAAAAAUGGUAAACUU